UGAACCGAGGUAGACGAACGUAAAAUGGCGUCGUAAGGAAAACGUGAAACAACUUAUUGAAAAACACCUUGAUUUGGAGACUACAGAUUAGAUUCUCUUUCCUUGAAUUGAAAGUCAUUGAAGAAGAAUUACAAAAGGAAAUGGCGGGAAUGGAUGAAAUAGAUGAUCUUCCAGAAGAUGAAAUGGAAGAUGAGAUGAAUGUGGGUCGGUUCGAUGAUGACCUGCAGAGGAAAGUAAUGCUUCAACAACAGAUGCUGGAAGCAGAACGUCAGAAGGAUGCCAGCAUGAGGUGUUUGCCCCACCCCCCUGGAGUCCCACAGCCAAUGCAGCAGCCCAUGCAGGGUGUCCCCCCAGGUAUGCCCCAGGGUAUGCCGCCAGCCGGGCCUCCACCCGUUCCCCAGCAGGUACAGGGGAUUCCCCCACCAAUGCCCCCACCGAUGUCUCAAGGAGCCCCCCAAGGUCUUCCUCCAGUCCCCCAACCCCUGGGUCAGAGUAUUGGUCCCCCUGGGCCACCAGGAAUGCCUCCACAGGUCCCACACAGUGUGCCACAAGGUGUGCCACAGUCAGUUCCUGGUGUCCCCCAGCAAGGUGUUCCACCUGGCGUUCCUCCACGUCCUCCUCAAGGAAUGCCACAAGGUGUUCCUCCAAAUAUCCCAAGAGCUUUACCUCCAGGUAUGGAAGAAGGGAUGAGUCCAGAAUUGAUGCAUAAGGUGAUGCAGCAGCAGCAGAUGUUGGAGAUCGAGAAGAUCAGAGAGCAGGUGAUCCAUUUUGACCGACCUCAUCAGCCUAUGGUGAUGAUGGAAAAUCAACAAUCAGGUCCCACAGGACCUGGACCUAAUCAAGGCUUGCCCCAUCCAAACCAGAUGUCCCAGCCUGGCCCAACACCCAUACAGCCUCCUCCACCAGUCUCUCAACCAGGACCCCCUCCCCAGGGACAGAUGCCUCCACGGCCAAUGGCGAUGCCUUCUUCAUCUACAGCUGGACCUCCAGGUGUCCCACCACAAGGCAUCCCACCCCAGGGCAGUCAGCCUCACCCACCUCAAGGACCCCCACAGCAGCUAGUGCGGCCACCGCCGUUGAUGGGAGGCCCCCCAGGAAGUCAACAACCUCCCCCAAGACUGCCACCUCCUCAGUUGGAUGACAAACAAGCAAUGACACCUAUGGAACCACGCCCACCCCAGCCACUGCCCAAGGAAAUCCGCCUGCCCCAAGCCUUGGAGAAGGUUCUUGAGUUCAAGACAGUGAGAGCCCAGGAAGUUGGCGUCACACCAGAGGAGCUAGAGCACCUUGACAAAGGAGAUGAUGAUGAGGAUGACCAAGACUAUGAUGAUGAAGAGGAUGAGAGACAGGAUCUGGAGGGAGAUGUUGACGAGGAAGAGGAGGAUGAGGUCAAAGAAGCCCCUACCAAGCCUGCGAAGGAGUCCAAAAACAAGCGCCGUAAGAAGAAAAAGAAGAAGGCAAAGAGAAGUCGCUUACAGGAGCAGAAACUGCAGAAGAAGAUUGAGCAAGACUCUGAGAAGAGAGAUGAAGAACAUGUUCACAUAGAGUAUGUGCAGGAGCAGCUGGACCUGGACCCCAUGGAUCCUAACUACCACACCUUUGCCAUGAUAUUUGAUGCUUUCAAGAUUUCUGAGCCAGAGAAGCCCAAGGAACAACCAAGAGCUGAGGAGAAGAAACCUGAACAGAAACUGGCUGAAAAACUGGUACCGAAAAUGGACGACAGUGACAGCGACAGUGAUGAUGAGGUGAAAACUCCAAAGUUGUCAAAGAAGAAGAUGAAGAAACUGACACGACUGAGUGUGGCACAGCUCAAACAGUUGGUGACACGACCAGAUGUGGUGGAGAUGCAGGAUGUUACAGCAAGAGAUCCACGACUUCUCGUUCAUCUUAAGGCCACAAGGAACACAGUGCCGGUUCCACGCCACUGGUCUUACAAGAGGAAGUACCUGCAGGAAAGAGGUAUUGAAAAGCCGCCGUUCGAGCUGCCUGACUUUAUCAAGGCCACUGGUAUUCAGGAGAUGAGAGCAGCACUGGCGGAGAAGGAAGAUCAAAAGACACUAAAGGCCAAGAUGCGAGAACGAGUACGACCAAAGAUGGGCAAGAUUGACAUUGACUACCAGAAGCUCCACGAUGCCUUCUUCAGGUUCCAGACCAAACCCAAGAUGACAAUACAUGGAGAUCUGUACUAUGAGGGCAAAGAGUUUGAGACAAGGUUAAAGGAGAAGAAGCCAGGCAACCUGUCUGAUGAUUUGAAAGUUGCUCUUGGAAUGCCAGUUGGGGCGAACUCAGACAAGGUUCCACCACCAUGGCUGAUUGCUAUGCAGAGAUAUGGUCCUCCUCCUUCCUACCCAAACCUUAAAAUACCAGGACUCAAUGCUCCCAUUCCUGAGGGUUGUUCCUUUGGGUAUCACGCAGGUGGCUGGGGCAAGCCUCCAGUAGAUGAGAAUGGAAAGCCACUGUAUGGAGACGUGUUUGGUACACAGGGAGGAGAGUUCCCAGCACCUAUAGAGGAGGAGGAGAUUGACAAGAGUCACUGGGGAGAGCUGGAGUCGGAAUCAGAGUCAGAAGAAGAGUCGGAGGAAGAGUCUGACGAGGAUGACCAGACUGGCCUUGUGACGCCAGCUGAGGGUCUGGUGACUCCAAGCGGCAUGACGUCAGUACCCAUCGGUGUGGAGACGCCUGAGAUGAUUGAGCUGAGAAAGCGGCGUAUUGAAGAUGCAAUGGACCAGGGAGGUGACACACCUGCUCUCUACACUGUCCUGCCAGAGAAGAAGACAGCUGUGGGCGGGGCAAUGAUGGGCUCAGCACAUGUCUAUGAUAUGACAGGGGUGACGGCCAAGAAGGUGGGUGAUAAGGUUCCUACAGAGGGCAUUGAAGUGUCUUUGAACCCUGAGGAGCUUGACCUUGACACGGCAGCGAUGCAGGCGAAGUACGACCAGACAGUACGGGAACAGCAGUCACAGCUGGAGAAGGAGGACCUCAGUGACAUGGUGGCAGAACAUGCUGCCAAGCAGAAGAAAAGAAAAAAGCAGCAGCAAGACAGUGGCAAAUCAGCUAAAAAAUACAAGGAAUUCAAGUUUUGAUACACAGGUUAUAUUUGUAAAUGCUCGUCUGUGUAUGUUUAUUGGCUGCUCGAGACUGAUCAUGUACCAACAUUUACUUCCAAGCAUUUCAUCGCUGUGUUGAUGUCUUGUUCUCUUAGUGACCAUGUAUUUGAAAUCGGAAGAAAUCAUAUGUAUCAAGCUUGGAUCUUUGUCUGAAAUCAAGUGUGCAGUCCAAUGUUCCAUGUUACCCAUGCUAGGGUGCUCCAUUGUCAAUCUCCAUGUCCAAUCACAGACUCUAAAGCUGUCCAUUUCCCUUUGCUUUUGAGAAGUUUCUUUGGUGAAAAAAACAUGUAUUACUUUUACAUUUACUUUAAUAUCUUAUAGGUAGAUAUUAAGACAAUUGAACAUUUUUAUAAAAAGAAAGAAAAGAUGUACUCUGUUCAUGCCCUUACUAGAUCAAAUUACUGUAUGUGUACUUUGUUUUUAUCAUUUUAAGGAUUGUAUAUAUUAGAACGUCAAGCAUUGUAAAGCUCUUGUGGAAGUACUCAGUAUGUUUUUGACAAAGUACAUGACCUUGAAAAUAUUUUGAAACUCCCAGCUCCUGAUCAUGAACUAUUUCCAAAAGAGCUCCAGUCUGAUCACACAUCUGGUACCCAAUCAUCACUUUCUUUCAUUAGCAAAUUUAACAUGUGUACAGUAAUUAGAAUUGCAUCAUGCAGAAUGUCAGUAGUUUUAUUAAACAAGGAUUAUUUUAAAGACAUCAAAAGCAAAAGGGAAUUCUUCAGCUGCUGAAGAAUGUUUGUGCAUGUCUCAUGUGUAAAUAUCAUCAAGGUGAAUAAAUGCCUCUAAAAGUGAAA